GCAGCGGCGGAGGCGACGGCGGGCGGCGCAGCGGAGGCCGCGGCUGGGGCCGCUGCGGUGGCGGGUGCGCGCGGCUGCGGGGCGCCCGCGGGGACCUCAGUUCACAAGAGCAGUGAUUCCCAGACUUUCUAGAUGACGUGUCCUGUUUUCUGACACAUUGAACACCACAUUCUUCUCUUCACAAGAAGACAGUUUUGCAUGUGUGGCUGUCAGGAUAGUCACAUUUAACAAAAUCAUGGCCAUGGAGGAAAUUAAACUUACACAGAAUGUCCAUAACGAGGCUCUGAGUGCUGAUGUUCCAGACAAGAAGAAGGGCGGCAAGUUCCAGCCUUUCAAGAAGUUGUUUAGCAAAAGGAGAAAGAAGGACGGGACCUCGACCCGGGAGGUGUCUGCAGGGAGGAGUCGCCGCCCCCCAUGUGUCAGCAAUGGGACCGUCUCCUCAGAUGACGAGACUCUGGACGACAAUCUAAGGUCCUUCAACUAUUCUAUGGGAACCCGGGCAUUUUCCCAUGACAGUAUUUUUAUCCCUGAUGGGGGAGCCGAAAGUGAGCAGACAGUUCAAGCAAUGUCACAGGACAACAUCGUGGGCAAAGUCAAAACUCUUCAGGACUGUGCUUUAUUUUUCAGUCGACUAAGCAGUAUGUUCCUGCGACAGUUGGGCAAGAACAUCAAGUUUGGGCAGCCACCACCCCAGGCUGUUCCCAUGAAGAAGGCGGACAGUGGGGACGCGAGCUUAGAAGAGGACCUGUUCCUGACCAGUCCCAUAGAAAUUGUGACCCAUCAGGACGUCAUCCUCUGCGACUCUGAGAACCAGCCCAGUGAGACGUCCAGCUCGCUGAGUCCUCUGAAUCCGCCAGCAGCCAGAAGUGAGAUGGAGGAGAAGGUCACUCCAGCAAAACCAUCUCGGCCCAAAAGACACUUAUCUUCUGCUGGCACCAUCGAAAGCGUCAACCUGGAUGCCAUUCCCCGGGCCAUCGCGCGCCUUGACAAUAGCGCCGCCAGGCACAAACUGGCCGUGAAGCCAAAACACCAGAGGGUGUCCAAGAGGCACCGGCGACUCACCGGGGACUCACUCGGUGAACACGGCGGCCUUCCACACCCGCUGUCUCUGGACCAGAACGGGCACUCUGGAGAAGACAAGCUUGUCUGGCAUGAAGAGGAGCCAGAACCAUUGGCCCCCGAAGACAAGAGAUGCCAUGAGGAAUACUGGCGGGAACUGGAGGCCAAAUGUAAAAAGCAAAAGGCUGAAGCCGCUGAGAAGCGACGCCUGGAAGAGCAGAGGCUCCAGGCGCUGGAGCGCAGGCUCUUGGAGGAGAACAGGCAGCCGGCGGCACGCCUGGAGGAGGGGACGGAGGACCUGCCAGGAGAGGAGGAGCAGGAGAUGCCGCAGGAGGCCGAGAAGCUGAGGCAGGAAGAGGAGGAGAGAGAGCAGGAGCUCUGGAGGAAGAGGGAGGAGGAGAGGAGGCAGGAAGAGCUGGAGGAACAGAGACGGGAGGAGGAAGAGGAGAGGAUGAGGGAGCUCUUGAGUCAGGAGGUAGAGGAGAGGAUGGAGGAGAUCAUGAGACAGGAAGAGGAAUGGAUAAAGGAGAUAAAGAGACAGGGUAAGGAGAAGAUGAAGGAGCUCAGGAGACAGAUGGAGGAGAAGGAAAGGAUGGAGCUCAAGAGACUGGAAGAGGAGAGGGUGAAAGAGCUCAGGAGACAGGAGGAAGAGGAGAGGAUGAAGGAGCUCAGGAGACAGGAGGAAGAGGAGAGGAUGAAGGAGCUCAAGAGAAAGGAGGCGGAGGAAGAGGAGAGGAUGAAGGAGCUCAGGAGACAGAAGGAGGAAGAGGAGAGGAUGAAGGAGCUCAGGAGACAGAAGGAGGAAGAGGAGAGGAUGAAGGAGCUCAGGAGACAGAAGGAGGAGGAGGAGGAGAGGAUGGCGCUCAAGAGACAGGAAGAGGAGAGGAUGGAGGAGCUCAGGAGACAGAAGGAGGAAGAGAGGAUGAAGGAGCUCAGGAGACAGAAGGAGGAAGAGGAGAGGAUGAAGGAGCUCAGGAGACAGAAGGAGGAAGAGGAGAGGAUGAAGGAGCUCAGGAGACAGAAGGAGGAGGAGGAGGAGAGGAUGGCGCUCAGGAGACAGGAAGAGGAGAGGAUGGAGGAGCUCAGGAGACAGAAGGAGGAGGAGGAGGAGGAGAGGAUGAAAGAGCUCAAGAGACAGGAGGAGGAGGAGAGGAUGAAGGAGCUCAGGAGACAGGAGGAGGAAAGGAUGAAGGAGCUCAAGAGACAGGAGGAGGAGGAAGAGAAAAAGAGAAAGGAAGCACUGAGAAAGCGGGCAGAGAUGGAGGCUCAGAGGCGACAGGAAGCAGAAAAGAAGGUUCGGGAAGAGGAAGGUUCCCUGGAGCUGGCCCACCAGAGGGGCCUCAGGAGCCCACGUCGUCGGAUGGACACUGCAGAGAAAGCCGACGGCCCCCAGCCGGCGGAGCAGCCCAGAGAGGGUGAGGAAGCGCGCAGCCGGGAGGCGCCGCAGGGGGACCGGCGAUCUUUGGCGACGAGAGAGGGAGUCCGGGCGCCGCGUGCCCAGAAGCCCGACGCGCCCUCGGAAGAGCCACCGCGGGCGCCGGCCGCCCGGAGCGGGGACGAGCUGCGGUGGCGGGAGCUGGACGAGCGGCAGAGCACACCAAGGCCCUACACGUUCCAGGUGUCGUCGGGGGGCAAGCAGAUCCUCUUCCCCAGGGUCAACCUGAGCCCGGUGACGCCCCAGAAGGAGGCCUCGGCGCCGUCCCCGUCCCCGGAGCCGCAGCCCCCCAGGCCCGGCCCCGCGCCGCCGCCGUCGGGGCUCGGCGUCCCGCACACGGCCAUCCUGGUCACGGGCGCGCAGCUCUGCGGCCCGGCCGUCAACCUGAGCCAGAUCAAGGACUCGGCCUGCCGGUCCCUGCUGGGCCUGGCAGCGGAGGACCGGCGGCCCGCCGAGGGCGCGGGGAGGCCCCGGCCGGCCCCCGACGCGCCGGGCGGUGGCGAGGGCCAGCAGGCCGAGUGGGUGUCCAUCCGGUCCCGCAUCCUGCGCGGCAGCGACGGCGAGCCGGCCCGGGGGGACCGGGAGCCGCCGCAGCCACCGGGACCCGAGGGUGGCGACGAGGCAGCGGCGGCCGCGCCGCGCAGGACAUCAUCAACGUCGUCGUCGUCGUCGUCAUCAUCAUCGGGUGGCGCCAAGUUCUGCAUCAAGCCCGCCUGGCAGAAGUUCGCCGACGGCGACGGGGAGGGCGGGCGGAGGCGGGCGGCGGGCGAUGCCCCCGAGAGAGCCGCGCCACCGCGGGAGCGCUCGGCCGAUGCCACGGACGGCUGCCAGUUUGCCAAAGACCUGCCGUCGUUCCUGGUCCCGGGGUUGCCCUCUCCUCCUCCUCCUCCACCGCCGCCGCCGCCACCGCUGCCUCCGCCGCCGCUGCAGGUCGCGGAGCCCGGGAGCGGCCCCGACGGCGGCGGGACAGCGGAGCCCGCGGCGGCGGCUGGCGGGGACGAGAAGGCGGCGUCGCCUUUUGGCAUCAAGCUGCGAAGGACCAACUACUCCCUGCGCUUCCACUCGGACCAGCAGGCCGAGCAGAAGAGGAAGAAGAGGCCCGGCAGCGGCGGGGACAGCGGCGCGGGUGCAGACAAGGACGCUGCGGCUCGGCCCGGUCCGGCCCGCGCGGCCGCCCCGUCGGCGGAAAGUGGCCCCGCGCCCGCACCCGCCAGCAGCCGCAGCCCCACGCCCGAGCACCAGCGGGCUCCUACCAAAAUGCCAACGGUGCAGAAGCCAGCCCUGGCGCCCAAGCCCAGCAGCCAGACCCCGCCGUCCUCCCCGCUGUCCAAACUGAGCCGGCCCUACCUGGCCGAGCUGCUGUGCCGGCGGCCCGGGAAGCCCGACGCAGAGGUCGGCGAGCUGAGCAAGGAGCCAGGACCGCGGGCCGCCCCGUCAUCGUCGGCCUCCCCACCACCGCCGCCGCAGGCGCCGCCCGAGGAGGAGCGCGGGUCCGAGAGGAAGCCCGGCUCGCCCGCCCGGCCCGCCAGCCGCCGGGAGAAGCCCUCGCCGAGCCCGGAGCCCGAGAGGAGAGAAAAGCCUGUGCUCCAGAGCAGACACUCCCUAGAUGGCUCGCGACUGGCGGAGAAGGGGGAGCCGGCACAGCCGCUGUGGAUCACACUCGCGCUGCAGAAGCAGAAGGGCUUCCGGGAGCAGCAGGCCACCCGCGAGGAGAGGAGGCAGGCCCGGGAGGCCAGGCAGGCGGAAAAGCUCUCCAAAGACAAUGUGAGUAGCCGGGCCCGCAGCGGUAGCGGUGCGAGCAUCAGCAGAGGCGGGUCCCUGCACAAACCCGUCACUCAGCCUGAAGCGCAGAAGCCACAGAAGCCCGAGGAGCUGAAGCCCGACACCGCAGCGUCCAGGCUGGAGCGCAGAGAGCACCUGAAGAAGGCCAACACUCUCCCCACGUCCGUGACAGUGGAGAUCUCGGAUUCGGCUCCCCCGGCGCCACUGGUGAAAGAAGUGACCAAGAGGCUCUCCACCCCAGACGCAGCCCCCGUGUCCACGGAACCCGCCUGGCUGGCUCUGGCCAAGAGGAAAGCCAAGGCCUGGAGCGACUGCCCACAAAUUAUUAAGUAGACGGACUCUCUUUUCCUCCUCAGAGGCUGUCGCAGGCCUCUCCUGCCCUUUUUAUUUAUUUUUUAUAUAAGGUAAAGAAAUCAAGCUAGGGAAAAGCAGCAUGUUUUCUAGGCUCUAAAAUAAUGUUUAGAAACUGAACUGUGUUGUUCCUUGUAAAGAGUGUAUUUGCACAACCCUAGGUCCUGGUGCCUUGAGCUCCUCCUAGUUGAAAGAGAGAGUUCCGUCUGCGGGAUCGUGGCGUGGAUUCUCCAGGCCGAGAACUCGGGAGAGCUCGCCGUGCCCGCCCAUGGCGCUCCCACUCACCCCUGCGUCAUCGGAACACGAACUCUUGCCAAUCUUUAUACUGGUUUUAGAUUCUCCGCUCCAGUUUCUUGUAUCCCAACAUUGACUUAACCCAGCAUCAGGGUUUUCCUGCUGUACUGGUGGAAAGUUCAGCUCUGGAAGCCACAUGCCCUUCUCCUGAAUGCAGCGCAUGGCAGGGAACCCUCUUGACUCUGUGUCCAGGUUUCAUAAGAUUUCCCCAGCUUGUAAUUGUUAUGCAAGAUGCAAAUUCAUUCUCAUUCCCACCACACAAAUGAUUUGAUGCCAUUUCUCUCCUUUAUGGACAUGUUAAGUAUUUGGUCCACUUGGCUUCAUAGGAACAUCUUUAGAAAAUUGUUUUUAGGGCCACCCCUUUUUUUUA